UCUCCAGGUAUUGAGACAAACCUCAAGCUAACAGCAGUUAAAAGUGAUUUAGAGUCUGUAGAGAUUUGUGCACUCUUGCAGUCUUUAGGACUGUUUUAUGUCAAAGUUACUGGACCAUACUGGAACCUUGUUACAUGUGGUAAGCUGACAUACCUUGGAUUGGACAAACAUGUGGGUGAAAUUGAAGAAUUUUUGACCAAGUGUGUAAGUUCACCAGAAACAUUGUUUAUAAGUGCUCAUCACUGGUCUACAUCCGAUCCCUUAGAAAUAGCACAAGUGCCCCACCAUGCCCGUCUUGUUGAAGUUUUAUUUGACAUUAAUGAUGAAUCACGUGACUUGAUAUUAAGUCGUGCUUUGCUUAAGUGUAUUAGAAAGCAGCUUGUAGACUUUUUACAUGGUGGUAAAUUUUACCAACCAUCAGCAGACCCAAAGCCCACCAACUUUGCUCCACUAACAAACCUUGGCUGUGAACACCAUUUUGGUGACCUCGAUUCAUCCCAGAGGAGACGCCCCAAUGCUUCUUACCACUACCACAUGUCAGUACAAUUGCUUAAAAGAAACAGGAAACAUGUAAUGGAAUGGAUUGAAAAAAUGGACAGCAAACAAAAAGAACAAUUGAUGGCAAGUGCACGAAAGGAAGGUGUUAAAUUGCGAGAAAGCACAAGGAAAGUGAACAGAAGGUUUUAAAUGACAUCCAUGAAAACAUGAUGGAGGAGAAAACAUCUAAGGGAAAGAAGAGGAAGACGAAAUCAUGCGAGCCUAAUAAUUCAAAACAAAGAAGAAAAGAAGUUAGUGUUGACUGUUUUCCAGAAAUCAAAGUAAUGACUGUAAAUCAAUAUGUCGCAGUUGCAUACCAAGAUAACUGGUAUCCUGGUUGCAUAGAAAAAUUGAUUAAUGAAAAUGAAGUACUCAUUAAUUUCAUGCUCCCCUGUAAACAGAAAGGGUAUGAUCAAUGGCCAUUAAGGCAAGAUAAACUUUUCAUUAUCAAACAAAACUUUAUGCCCGACUGUAUAAGUUCUGGGCGACAGUGGUUAAUUCGUGAACAUCACCAAAUUGAAACAAUUUACAGUAAGUUUCAUGCCACUUUUUUCUGUUAAAUUUAAAGAAAAAAUAUUAACAUUGAAUGAAACUGAUUUACAACAACAUAAAACAGUUAGCACUUCAUGACAGUUGUGACAAUUUGAAGAGAAUACUAUGACUGUUUACCAAUUUAUGUGAAUAAAAUUACUAAAGAAUAUACCUGUCAUUACUAGAACUUUAGAGUGGUACAAACUUUAGAAUAAUCAUUCACUGACAGUGAUUAUAUGUAUUUAUUGAAGAUUCACUGUGAUAUAUACUUAUUUAAAAGAUAGAUAUACUUGAUUUGAAAAUGAAAUGAAUGCUUGUGUAUGAUUUGAACUUGUUAUCGGUGAAAAUAAAAUUGAAAAAAAAAUGUUAAUUUUUCAUUAUGAAUUUCAUGAAUAUUUCUAUCAGUUUGAGUUAAUAGUGUUUUUCACACAUUAAAACAGAGUACAGAAAUGGAAUCUACACCAAAAUUCUAUAAGAUGCCAAGUUUGAUUACACUAUCUUAAUAAAUAAACAAGGGUGCCAUAGUCACAAAAUACGCCCGUUUACGAAAGCUUUAGAUGGAGAUGGGGGCAUAAUGGAUAAGUGUUAUCUAGCAAGCAAGUAUUUUUUCUUGGCACUCACAGUGUUG